UCACCAGUGGGGAUUGUGAGUUCAGGCCAGACGGACGUGAGUGCUUAGGAUCGCACUGAGUGCGAGUCGAAAUCCGAGAAGAAACGAACAUAUAGGAAGACGGAGAAAUUCCAGCGAAUUUCAUUUGCAUUCGAGCGGCGCGAUUAAAAGUGAACAAAUUGCGCAGGCCCAGUGCCAUUUGUGUGGUGUGCCACAGCCCUAAUCAGCCAUUCAAGCCGCGCAUGCGCAGUGAAUUUUAAAAAUUAAAUUUUCGAACCGAACCCCAUUUGAAACCGCAGCGCACACGUGUGUCCCACGACGAAUUGAAUUGCCAAGGGCGCGAUAUAAGCCAAAAUAGUCAUCAUCAUGACCGCCUCACCGGGUCUUCUGCACAUGGAUCAACCGCUCAGAGCCAUCUAUCAAUUCUUACUCGACUUGCUAGUGUUUACGAUUAAAUCGGUGUACUACGUACUCGAAUCGAUUUACUACAGUCUGUUGCCGCAGCGCUUUCGAAAGUUAAAGGACAUCUCCGGCCAGGUGGUGCUCAUCACAGGAGGAGGCGGUGGUGUUGGACGUUUGAUUGCCCUAAACUUUGCUCGCCUUCAGGCCCGCAUUGUCAUCUGGGAUAUAAAUCAAGAAGCCAUAAAGACAACUGUGGAUUUGUUGGCCAAACAUGGUUAUGACAACUGCAAGGGCUACGUUGUGGACAUCUCAGAUCGGGAGCAGAUCUACCAGCGUGCCAGCCAGGUGACCGAGGAGGUUGGUCCCGUCGACAUAUUGAUUAACAAUGCCGGUAUCGUGUGCUGCAAACCCUUCUGGGAGCUGCACGAUCGGGUCAUCCAGAACACGUACAACAUUAACAUCAUAUCGCACUACUGGACCGUGAAAGCGUUUCUGCCUCACAUGAUGCGCAAUAAUCGUGGUCAUAUCGUUACUGUGGGCUCGGUAACUGGAAUGCUGGGCACCUACGGAUGCAGUGACUACGCGGCCACCAAAUACGCCUGCAUCGGUUUCCACGAGAGUUUGCUCACCGAUCUGAAGGCCCAUGGCUAUGAUCAAAUCCAAAUGAGUUUGAUCUGCCCGUACUACAUCAACACGGGCAUGUUUUCGGGUGUUCGGCCGCGGAUGAUGCCCAUGCUGGAGCCGCAGUAUGUGGCGGAUCGCAUCGAGAACGCCGUGCGCUGCAACGAGGUGUGGUGCGUGCUGCCCAACUCUAUUCGCCUGCUCACUCCUCUCAAAUGUCUUUUGCCCGCCAAAAUGUGCUGGGAGCUGAUGUCGCGUGUCAUCCGUGGACCCGAGUCUAUGAUGAUGUUUCAGGGACGAGGGCGCGUCGCCGCUGGUUAAACACACAAUAGGAAUCAUCAUAUGGAAUCCAUUACCUAAGCUUAAGUUCUUUUUCAAGAGGCGGCAUCGUUUCACCUAUAAUUUUACAAUAAACUUAGUUAUUUGAUUU